UCUGCACUGGCUUAGUAGUUCAAUUGACUUGCAGAGAACACAGAGAUGGCAUCUACGGUGGUGAACUUGGUGCUGGAGAAGCUGGGCGAGCUUGCUUCCAGCGAGGUUUCCGGCCUCCUCAACGUGGGUGCAGAGAUCAAGUCGCUGACGGAAACACUGGCACUGAUUCAAUCCUUUCUCAGGGAUGCCGACCAGAAGCCCAGAUACGAGCAAAGCAACUGUUUGCAGGAGUGGAUGAGGCAGAUCCGGAACUCGGUGUUCGAGAUGGAGGACCUGGUGGACGAAUACGCGAUGCUGCUAGGCCGCGCUUCAGCCGCUGGAUGCUGGAAGAGCCGUCUCCGACGGAUUGCCGCCUUCCCCUCCCGGAUCCUCGAUCACUCGCCAUCUGCUCGCGAGGCGCCUGCGGGACAUCCAUCAUCUUCAUGGUUAACUUUAUUUGAACUAGAAGAAGACAUUGUCGGUUUUGACGAAGACAUGAAAGGCAUCAAAAGGCAACUGUUUGACAUUGGUUCAACAACUCGCGUUGUCCUCUCGGUUGUUGGUCCUGGUGGUUUGGGCAAAACAACGCUGGCUAAUAAGAUCUACAAGAGCGCAGAUGUCAAAAACUAUUUCCAGUGCAAGGCAUGGGUGUCCGUGUCACAGAAGUAUGAGCUCAAAGAACUCUUGUGCACCAUUGUCAAGAAAGUGUUCGACUUCAAGGAUGAGCAAGUUAAAGGUAUGGAAGAACUAGAGAUGAAGGAAAAGUUGUCGGAGCACUUGCGCGACAGAAGGUAUCUAGUCGUGAUGGAUGAUAUUUGGGAGGUGGCAGCUUGGAACGCCAUUAAAGCAGCUUUCCCAAAAGAAUCGGCAGGAUCCAGAGUGCUGCUGACCACGCGCAAGAUGAAUGUUGCAAACGUUGCAGAUGUUCCUCCACACGAGCUAAAAUUUUGGAAUGUCGAAGAGAGCUGGAAUUUGUUCUGCAGGAAAGCUUUCCGCACGACAUGCUGCCCACCAGAGUUUGAGCGAUUCAAGGAAGAUAUCUUCAAAAAAACUAAAGGGCUGCCUCUUGCCAUUGUGGUACUCGGAGGAGUUUUGAGAGGUACAAGUCAAGCUAGUAACUGGAGGAAAAAGAUGGAACAUAUUUCUCGUGAAUUCAGAGAAGGAGAAGACCAAAUCCAAAGAAUAUUAGCUCUCAGCUACCAUGAUCUUCCGCAUCAUUUGAAGCCUUGCUUCCUCUAUUUUGCAGCCUUUCCUGAGGACUAUAGCAUUUGGGCAGAGAGGUUAAUACAUUUAUGGAUCGCUGAGGGUUUCAUACAAACGAAUGACAAAGUGGAUCAAACAAUGGAGGACCUCGCGGAGGCAUAUUUGAAUGAUUUGACCGAGAGGUCCAUGUUACAAAUAGAAAGGGGUCGGAUGUAUUAUAGCCACGAAAUUCGCAUUCAUGAUCUUCUUCUUGAUCUAGCACGUCAUGAAGCUCGUGAGCUUAACUUCUUCAGGUCCAUUGAUGACAUAGGUGACGAUCCAAGAUCUUUACGGCGUCUCAGUGUCACUGAAAAUGUCAACGACCAUAUCUCAUUGAACUGUUCUACCACUAAACUACGGUCACUUGUAACUUGUCGGAAUGAAGGUUUUAAGAGAAUGCUGGCAGUUGCCAUCCCUGGAGCGAAGUUUCUCAGGGUCUUGGAUUUGCAGGAACUACCCAUUGAACACUUACCAAAGGAGAUUGGGGACUUGAUCCUGUUAAGGUAUCUAAAUUUGGAACGAUCAAACCUGAAGGAGCUGCCUUCAUCUAUUGGAAACCUCAUCCAUUUGCAGACUUUCAAUAUAUACGGUACUAAGAUUCAACAUUUGCCGGAUGCAUUUUGGAAAAUCCGAACACUGAGACAUGUAUUCCUCACUGAAGAGAAUAUGAGCAUGCCUAAAGCGGCAUCCUACUGCUUGGAAGACAUUCGGACACUUGAGAAUAUUUCAAUUGGUCCAUGGGUAUGUGAUGGUGCACUGGAGAAGCUGAGAAAUAUUCGAGCAUUGUAUUUGAAAAGCAUUUCAAUCUCUGACGAGGAUGCUUUAGCCAAUGCAGUCCAGAAUCUUUUCCGACUCGAGAAAUUGGGUUUGGUUGGAGAAUCGUUGCCGAUGAGCGUCCUAACUUCAUCUUGCUACCAUCAUAUUCAAUUUCUGUAUUUGUGUGGACCUUUGGUAAGGCCUGCAAGGAUUCACAUAGAGGCAGAAAAUUCCAUGAUAUUUUCCAACCUGAUCUCUCUCUUUAUUAGUGAAACAAGGUUGGAAAAGGAUGAAGAUAUUGCAAUGCUCGCAUCUCUCGCAAACCUUCAGAUUCUUCGAUUACGUUUUGGUGCAUUUGUAGGAAGAGUUUUGGUGUUUCCAAAGGGAGGAUCUCUUAGUCUCCAAGAGAUCGAACUGUAUAGAUUGAGAACCUUGGAGCAGUGGGAAGUGGGAGACGGAGCAAUGCCUUUCCUUCGGGAACUAAGACUGUGGAACUGCAAAAAUAUGAGAAUGCUACCAGAGGGACUUGCAAGAUUGACUGAGCUCAAUCAAAUUUACCUAAGAGGAAUGAAAAUGAUAGAGAGAAGGGUUAACAAGGAUACUGGAGAAGAUUAUCACAAGAUCAAGCAUAUUCCUUGCAUUGAAAUAAAUUGAAUGAAGGAAAGUCUUGCAAGAAGCUGGAGGUACAGAUAGCAGCCAGAUCUACUACAGCAGAAACAGCUAGCGCACAGAGUUAGACAACAACUGACUCUGUGUGCUACCAUUGGCGUACAUUUUUAUACUAUGCAUUAUGUUAAAUUCUCAAUUUCGAAACAAUUAAUGCUGAUUUUGAAUAAUGUAAGUUUGUUUAAUGUUAUAUCUGUGAUUCUUGGGCCGAGGUGAGCC